AUGGGUACAAUUUUGGAAGGAUUUUCGUCACAGUUGAACUACGACAACCAAAAUACAUUAGUGCAUAUUAGCGACAUUAUGCGAGUAGUGUUGCUGUAUAAAUUUGGUGGCUUCUAUCUCGACUUUGAUACAAUAGUCAGGACCGAUUUGAGAAAGAUCAAAAAUAGCAUCGGCCUAGAAGGUUAUGCUAAGCCAACAAACGACUGCAAACUGGCUAUGGACCAGUUCGAUGAUCUGAUCAGCAACGGAGUGAUGCAAUUUGAAGCCGGAAACCCUUUCUUGCAACUUUAUUUGGAAGAAGUGAAGCAAAUAUAUAGACCCAAUUUGGGCUGGUUUCACAUUGGACCGGUUGGAAUGAGAAGAGCUGCGAACCGAUUGCUGAAACGAGAUCCAAACGACGCGGCUCAUAACUACACCAGUCCGACACUCACCAUUUUGCCCUCUUUUGUAUUUACGUUCAUGCAACGAUGGAAAGCAGCUACCAAUUUUUUCGACACAAACAACGAUGCUGAAGUUUGGGAGGAGUAUAUGCGGUGCGGUCUUGUUUUGCACUUGACAGGCUGGGAAUCAAAACAAAUGGACGUUACUGGGGACCCUAGGAAGGACAUUUACUCUUAUGUUGGCCCGACAAUGUGUCCUUUAGCUUUUACCCAUUUGAAAAGCUUCUAA